UGACAAAAUGGAACCCACCAGCAGUGUGAGGAGACCUGAAAGUGGCACAUGCCAGAGUGUGGCGAUGGAGACAGCAGCAAUGGGAGGCCGUACAGGGACCCAUGACAGAUUACGGGCCUGGCAGCAGCAUGAGGAGGCAGUAAGGGGGCCCAUGGCAGAUUACGGGCCUGGCAGCAGCAAUGGGAGGCCCGUAAUCUGCCAGCACCCUAUGACAAAUGGAACCCACCAGCAGUGUGAGGAGACCUGAAAGUGGCACAUGGCAGAGUGUGGCGAUGGAGACAGCAGCAAUGGGAGGCCGUACAGGGACCAUGACAGAUUACGGGCCUGGGGCAGAAGCAGAGGGGGGGGUAAGGGGCCCAUGGCAGAUUACGGGGCCCCGGGCCAGCAGCAAAAGGGAAAAGGCCCCUAAUCUGCCAGCACCCCAUGACAAAAUUUGGGAACCCCCAAGGUGUGGGGGCCUGAAAGUUGGGACAUGGCAGAAAUGUGGCGAUGGGGGACCGCCGCAAAAGGGAGGCGGGACAGGGGCC